GUAACUGCGGUUCCCCAACGCUAAGAAGGAGGAGAAGAAGGUCCCGCUGCGCUCGGUUCGCUACGGCGGUCAGUGUUGAUGGAGAAACCGGAGCUGCGCUGCUGAAGAAAAGAAUGGCGUCCUGUUACGACUCCUCCCCCGUCCACUUCCCUACAUGGCUCACCUCCGCAGACACCUCAGGAGAAGCCUCCAAGGAAGAUUAUGUGACGCUGCUGAAGACAGAAGACAUUAAAGUUGAGAACAUCGACUUCGGAGAGAGCUGCAGUUCUCAGCAAGCGCCCUCCGACGCUCUCUGCGCCGAAACGCCUUCCAGACGAACUCAGAAAGAUCCGGACAUGGAUAUAUUUUACCACUGCUCAGAGUGCGGUAAGAACUUCACUAAACUGGGUAACCUCCAGACGCACCGGCGCAUUCACACGGGAGAGAGGCCGUAUCUCUGCUCGGAGUGCGGGAAGGGUUUCAUCACUCUGAACCACCUCCAGAUACACCAGCGCGUUCACACGGGAGAGAAACCGUAUCAGUGCUCGGAAUGCGGGAAGAGUUUUAAUCAGCAGAUAAGUUUAAAAGAGCACCAGCGCAUCCACACGGGGGAGAAGCCGUACGACUGCGUGUUCUGUGGGAUGAGUUUUAGGCAGAGAGGCACCCUCAGAAAGCACGAGCGCGUCCACACCGGAGAGAAGCCCUACAUCUGCUCGGAGUGUGGGAAGAGCUUCAGCCUGAGGAGCAGCCUCCAGAGACACCAGCGCAUUCACACGGGAGAGAGACCGUAUUACUGCUCGUACUGCGGGAAGAGCUUCAUACAGCAUAGCAAUCUCAAACUACAUCUGCGCAGUCACAAGACGGAGAGGAACUACCACUGCUCAGAGUGCGGUAAGAACUUCGGCCAGCUGAGCAACCUCCAGACGCAUCAGCGCAUUCACACCGGAGAGAGACCGUACCAGUGCUCGGAGUGCGGGAAGGGCUUCACGACGCAGAGCCACCUCCAGGCGCACCAGCGCAUCCACACUGGAGAGAAGCCGUAUCAGUGCUCGGAGUGCGGGAAGAGUUUCAACCAGCAGAGGAGCUUCAAAGUGCACCAGCGCAUCCACACCGGAGAGAAGCCGUACGACUGCUCGGUGUGCGGCCGGAGCUUCAGAGAACGGGGCACCCUCAUAAAGCACGAGCGCGUCCACACCGGAGAGAAGCCGUACAUCUGCUCGGAAUGCGGGAUGGGUUUCAAUCAGCAGACCACUUUCCAGGUGCACCGGCGCAUCCACACGGGAGAGAAGCCCUUCGACUGCCUGGUUUGCGGGAGGAGUUUCCGAGAAAGAGGCACGCUCAGAAAACACGAGCGCGUCCACACCGGGGAGAAGCCGUACUUCUGCACCGUGUGUGGGAAGAGUUUCAGUCUGCAGAGCAGCCUGCAGAGACACCAGCGCGUCCACACGGGAGAGAAGCCGUAUUACUGCGCGUACUGCGGGAAGAGCUUCAAACAGUACAGCAACCUACAGCUGCAUCUGCACAGCCACACCGGAGAGAAGCCGUACAGCUGUUCGGAGUGCGGGAAGAGUUUUACUCUACAGAGUAGCCUCCACAGACACCAGCGCGGUCACACAGGAGAGGAACCCUGUGACUGAUCGUGCUGUCGGGGAAAAACCCUGGCAAAAAAACUGAUUUUUACACGAUUAAUUCUGUUUUGGACGCCUUAAUGCGGCUAUAUUGAUUGGUAUUUGUGUCGUACUUGUUACCACAGCACUAAUCUUGCAUCUCUUCCAUUGAAAACAUGACCCUAAACCCAUAAUUGGGUUACUUAUACCACUAAUCUUCAACCUUUGCGUUCACACAUGGAGCACUUAAACUGUUUUUUACGCGUUCAUACAUGCUUUGAAAAUCCUACUAAACAGGACGACGGUCUCAGCAUGAACGGCCAACGGCUCCGUUAUUUCCGAAUCGUAUGAACAUAAACUCUCAUGACUUGUUUCUCUCAAAAACUGAUAACGCUACUGUAAAAACCGGCCUUGCCGGACAAUCUGCAUCGCUUUUGCAGAACUAAACUGAAAAUUUUAACUGUAAAGGAAAGACGUCACAGAAACGGCUAGAACAUCUUUUUAUUUCCCAGUAAUGCUUGCCUUCUGUUCGCACACGUGCGGCCCCGGUAAUUUCCGAAAUUAGGUCACAAUUAUUACAGGAUCUCCUCAGUGCAAUUAUUUAAGCUGAAAUUAUUAUAUUAAUCGCAUAUUGUUAGCUUUCACACUGUCACAGUUAUGUUUAUGUUGUAGCAAACAGAGUAAAUUAGCUGCGUUUUUCGGUGGCGUGUAAAUAAAAUAAUGCAGAAAACAUUCUAACUUCUGACUGGUGCUGUAACACCUUUAGAGGGCAGCAGUGAGUAAUGGUUGCGCUCAAAUAAACAAGCUGUUUCUGGUUAAUUUCGAGUUACUAAGGCUGCGUUCACACAGCAGGUAAAAGUGGCCCAAAUCUGAUUUUCUCACCAAAUCUGAUGUUUUUGUUUGGCUGUUCAGAUUAUCUUUUAAAUGUGAUCUG